GGGAGUCGACCCAGCCUGCUUACCAUGAAGAUCUUAUAACCAGCGAAUUAUAACCAAGUAAAAGGAAAUCUCUGAGGGCUGUCUGGUUUGAUAAAUUUUUUGGAAAAUUUACUGGUUAUACUCAGUUAACGCACGGAGAAAAAUAGAUGGUCAGUCUGGCCAUCUAGGUGUGCAUCUAGAAGGUUAAACCAAGAUGGUUUAAUCAAUCAUCAUAGAGAGUCGACCUAUUAAUCUCAGGCGGCCGACUUGACUAUAAAAGAGGAACACACUAAUAGUCACAAAGGGAUGAACUGUUCAUCACAGACGGCCGAAUUAAUCAUCUCAUGUGAGAUGAUAAUGAAAUAUCCUCAAGUACGCAGCCUAUAACAAGGGACUUUCUGACCAACUUUGGGAGGAGUAGUGAACGUGCGAAUCAUCAAGAAAUGUCAUCAGGUAUGCCGCCCAAAACAAGGGACUUCUUGACAAGUUUUGGGACAAGUAGUAAACAUGAGAAUAAUCAAGAUUCAAGGUCAAACUGCGAGGAUUCGCCUGGUGGCGCACCUAUUUCUGGUUUCCUCAAUUGUGGAACUUCUCAUUCUCCUGAAAAUUCUUCUAGGCCUCAUCUUCAGGAUUUUUCUGUCCGGUCUUCUCCUCCAGCAGAGCCUUCUCAUCGCUCCAGGUCCAGAUCUCGUUCUGCCACGCGCCCUUCUUCAUACAUAUUUGGAUUUGAACUUGAAGAACUUAAAUUUAUUCGGCUGAUUCCCAAGGCGAAUCCGCAACGGCAAUUUGAAAUUCGCAAAUACACUUUUCCACCUGAUGCACCAAUUUUAUUGAAAGGAGAACGUGGGACCCUCGUGCCUGUGCCAUCUGAAGAACAAACUGUGUUGUCAACGUCAAAUGGAGACGUCUUUGCAAUAUUUGCAAAAAAUCAGAAAUCGCUUCGUGGAAUACAUGCAAGGAGAAAUCGUCUAAUGGAAAUAAAGAUUGAAAAGAGGGUAAAAAUGAACAUAGAAAGUGGCGCGAUCACAGAAAUGACCCGAGAAGAAAUCGCAGAAUCUCUCUUAGGCAGAAGUAACCCAAUCAAAUUAAAUUUUGAAAUUAUAAAUUUAAAGUACUCUCAUCUACAACAUAAUUUUUUUGCUUAAGAACUGUAUAAGCGAAA